CCCAACAAUGAACGCCUAAUGGCGGAACUGCACAUAAUCGGCGAACUCAAGACGGCAGUGGAUUUUGAGGAACCGAACCUCUUCUGUCGCUGGAGCAUCCAGUACGGCUCGAACUGGAAAGCCAUCGAGGGUUACUCCGAAGGUCAGUCCUGCUGCAGUACGUCACGCAUCGAGCAACGGGCUGAUUUCUGUACACCGAUCGAUCUGCAUCUGGUGACCCGUGGACUGCAAGGUUGGCCCAAACUACACGUGGAAGUGUACGCGGUGAACGCACUGCAACACUAUUGGCCUGUCGGGUACGGGUUCGCCUUUGUGCCGGUGUGUCCCGGUCACCAUCGGGUACGGAUCGCUACGUGGAAGGUUUCAUCGGCACGGGUAGCUGAUACGGUGCGCGAAAAGUUCCAUACGGGUGGGUUUUCGUUGGCAAAGAGUGAUAUCGCGUUUACCGGUAUCGAACGGUACAAACUGUUGACCAAAACAGCCGGUACGGUGGAGUUUGAUUUGAUGCUGAUAUUCAAGAACUUUGCGGAAUAUGGCGUUGAACUGCACUGACUGUA